GUGGUUGUAGAAAGUUUUUCUUCAAAAUGCUCAAAGGCUUUCUUCUAUUAUUUUCCAUUGCUCAAAUAGCAGCAGAUUUCAAAUCGAUUGGCAUCGAACAAGCUCCCUGGCAGGCUUCGGUGCAAAUAAACGACAAACAUCAUUGCGGAGGAGUGAUAUACAGCGAGGAUAUCAUCCUGACCAUUGCGGAGUGUGUAAGGAAGGCCAGAUUGGAAUUCAUCUCGGUGCGAGUGGGCUCUGCCCAGGAAAACGCCGGAGGCACUGUACUGAAGGUCAAGAAGAUGAGGCUGCAAGUUCUUGGUCUGCGUCCCAAUGAUGUGGCCAUACUCCUGCUGAGAUCGCCGCUGUACUUACACGGAGGGAUUCAGGCCAUUCCCUUGGCCACCGAACCAUUAGUGCCAGGAACGAAUGCCUCCGUUACGGGUUGGGGUCAACUCUCUGCCCUGAACCCUUCAUCGAAAGUUCUACUGAGAGUUGAUGUACAAAUCCAAGAUCAAUUGAUGUGCGCGACGAACAAUGCUAUGAAGGGCAGACUUAUCAGUGUGGGCGAGAUCUGCGCAGCUCCUGCGGGAGAAAUUCCCUACGCCUGUCAAGGAUUCGUCGGCGGUCCUUUGGUUGCCGAUAAUCGGCUGUAUGGAAUGCUUUCCUGGCAAAGUGCCUGUGACGUCCUCAGUAAAUCUAAUGCGUAUGCCAAUAUCGCGAUGCUCAAAAUGUGGAUUGAAUCCACUGUCAAGCUAAUAAAUUUCUUAGGAAUAGGCUAGAAGUCCGUACUUUUUUAAGCAUAUCAAAACCACCUUUAAAAUAUACGGUUAAAAAAUCAAAA